AAGUCAAUUAUCGUGCAUAAAUUUCGCGAGUAAAAAAUGCUUCUAAUAAAUGGGAGUUUAACAUUCGACCUGGUGGCCAUUUUAGUAACUAUCGUUGCCGGUUUAGUGGUUUACUACAAAUGGUCUUUCACAUAUUGGAAGAAACGCGGCCUUGAGUACUUAGAACCGUCAAUUCCCUUCGGCAAUUGUGCUAAAUUAUUUCUAUCAAAGUGCAAUUUCGGCGAGCAAUUCGCCGAAUUUUACAAACAGUUCAAGGCGAAAAACCUUAAACAUGGUGGUGUGUUUAUGUUUGCACGUCCUUUUUACAUCCCUGUGGAGCCUGCAAUUAUAAAGAACAUAAUGCAAAAGGACUUUCAACACUUCGUAGACCGCGGUUUCUACGUAAAUGAAGAAAUUGAUCCGUUGAGUGGUCACCUUUUUUCGCUAGAAGGCGACAAAUGGAAAAAUCUUCGAGCAAAAUUGAUAGCAACAUUCACUUCAGGUAAAAUGAAGAUGAUGUUUGAAACUAUGGCAAAUUGUGCGAAAGGACUUGAUAAAUACGUGAGCGAAGCUGCAAAACGGAAGGAAACCCUAGAUGUCAAAGAAACUCUCGCAAAUUUCACCACAGAUGUCAUUUGCUCUUGCGCUUUUGGGCUUGAAAGUAAUUGUCUUAAAAAUCCAGACUCCGAAUUUAGGUACUACGGAAAACGCACUUUCCAAAACACAACUUGGGAAAAUUUGAAAAAUCUCAUUCAGUUCAUGAUGCCUAUGUAUAUCUUCAAUUUAGUGAAAUUUAAAACUACCAAACCAGAUGUGGAAGACUACAUGUUAAAUUUAGUAAAGAAAACGGUACAAUACAGAGAAAAAAAUAACGUCUAUCGAAAAGACUUCCUCCAUUUGUUGCUACAACUGAAAAAUAGAGGAAAAGUAACAGAUGACGAAACUUUCCUUGACAAUAACAACAAAAGUAAAGAAGUUGCAUUGACAAUCAAUGAAUUGGCAGCACAAGUUUUUGUUUUUUUCAUCGCUGGUUAUGAAACUUCUUCAACAGCAAUGACCUUCACUCUGUUCGAACUCAGUGGCAAUGAGAAAAUCCAAGACAAGUUGCGUGAGGAAAUCAAAACUGUGUUAGCUAAACAUAAUAAUCAAAUAACAUACGAGGCUCUCAUGGAAAUGACAUACAUGGAACAAGUUCUCAAUGAAACCUUGAGAAAAUAUCCACCGGUACCAUUCUUGAAUAGAAAAUGUACCAAAGCGUAUGACGUCGCUGGGACAAACCUCCAUCUGGAUAAAGGUACCAUGAUGGUAAUCCCAAUUCUGGGUGUUCACCAUGAUCCUGAAUACUACCCUGAUCCAUCAAAAUACGACCCGGAGCGCUUUUCGGAAGAAAAUAAAAACAGUCGGCCACCAUUCACAUGGCUGCCAUUUGGUGAAGGACCAAGAAUUUGCAUUGGUUUACGUUUUGGAAUGUUGCAAGCCAAAGUAGGAUUAGCCACUUUACUAAGAAAUUUCAAAGUGACGUUAAAUCAAAAAACGCAAACUCCCCUGGAAAUGGACUGCAAAACCUUCAUCACCACUACCAAAGAAGGAAUUUGGUUGGAUUUUACACCUUUGAAUUAAAUUUCGAACAGAUAUUUGAAGAUUGUAUUAAGUUAAUACUGAUAUUAGAUGUGACAAUUGUUGUAUUAUAACCAUUAAUUAUGAUAAAGUACUGCAU